UCGGUCUGUGUGGAGCUAACGUAACUGAGGGACAGAGACCGAGUGUUGUUUUGAAUUUGCUAGAAAACACCGACUGGAGGAGGGGGUUAGUGCCUGUUAAGAAGAUGGCGGAUGUAGGAGGCGAUGAAACUCGGUCGGCUCUCCCUACGGCAUCCCGCAACGGUCCAGUUGUCGGUUCCUCGGCGGGCCAGAACGCAGCCACGGUAACGUCAGGUCCACGAAUAGUUAGGAUCGUCAAGUCGGAGUCCGGUUACGGCUUCAAUGUUCGCGGUCAAGUCAGCGAAGGAGGGCAACUGCGAAGCAUCAACGGGGAACUGUACGCUCCUCUUCAGCAUGUCAGCGCUGUUUUGCCCGGAGGUGCUGCAGACCGAGCUGGGAUAGUGAAGGGUGACAGGAUCCUGGAAGUUAAUGGUGUGAGCGUGGAAGGUGCAACCCAUAAGCAGGUGGUGGACCUGAUCCGUGCAGGAGAAAAGGAGCUGGUUCUCGCUGUGCUGUCUAUUCCACCUCAGGAAGCUGAUGGAUUGGAAGGAGGAGAGGAUGUCCAACCCAACUACGAUUACAGUGACAAACAGGCUGUGCCCAUUUCUAUUCCCACAUACAAGCAUGUAGAGCAGCACUCGGAGAGGUUUGUGGUGUACAACGUGUAUAUGUCAGGUAGACAGCUGUGCUCAAAACGCUACCGUGAGUUUGCCAUUCUGCACCAGAACCUGAAGAGGGAAUUUUCCAACUUCAACUUCCCCAAGCUUCCUGGUAAAUGGCCCUUCUCCCUCUCCGAACAGCAGCUGGAUGCUCGUCGUAGAGGCCUGGAGGAAUAUCUGGAGAGAGUGUGUUCUGUCCGGGUGAUCGGGGAGAGUGACAUCAUGCAGGAGUUUCUGUCGGAAUCAGAUGAGAAUUACAAUGGCGUGACAGAUGUAGAGCUGCGGAUAGCCCUGCCAGACAAGACCACCAUCUCCGUCAGAGUCCGUAAAAACAGUACCACAGACCAGGUGUACCAGGCAUUAGUGAUGAAGGUCGGCAUGGACAGUAUUAUGGCGAGCUACUUUGCCCUUUUCGAAGUCAUCAACCAUUCCUUUGUGAGGAAGCUGGCACCUAAUGAGUUCCCACACAAGCUUUAUGUGCAGAACUACACAUCAGCUGUUCCGGGUACUUGCUUAGCGCUCCACAAGUGGUUGUUCAGUAUCCAGGAGGAGGAGUUACUCAGAGAUAACCCGUUGGCGCUGCACUACUGCUUUCACCAAGCACUGGAUGAUGUGAAGAAGGGAUUCAUAAAAACAGAGGACAAAUCCUACCAGCUGCAGAAACUGGCAGAGCAGCGCAAGAUGGCCACAUACCUGAGCCUGUUGCGGACAUGUGAAGGUUACAAUGAGGUGGUCUUCCCUCAUUGCUCCUGUGACUCCAGAAGGAAGGGCCAUGUCAUCACAGCUAUCAGCAUCCAUCACUUCAAGCUGCACGCUUGCACUGAGGACGGCUCACUGGAGAACCAGGUAAUAGCUUUUGAGUGGGCAGAGAUGCAGCGUUGGGACACUGAUGAGGAGGGGAUGGCUUUCUGCUUUGAGUACGCCAGAGGAGAGAAGAAACCUCGCUGGGUUAAAAUUUUUACCCCAUAUUUCAACUACAUGCACGAGUGUUUUGAGCGUGUCUUUUGUGAGCUGAAGUGGAGGAAACAGGUCGAGGAGGAGGCAUCUGAUAAAGACAACAAAAACUGCAGUAACAGUGAGUAUCUGCCACCUUUGGAGACGCAACAGAAGGGAUGGCGCCACCUAGGGGGGGAGAUUGCAACUUCCUAAAACCAUUCAACAUCACUGGAACUAGAACUGGUCCACUCGCAUCAUCACAACCACCCCAGAGAGCGCCCAUCGACAAACACAGAAAGUGAGAGACUGAGGCAAUCCUCUACCCCAGAAACAAACUGGAAAUUACCAGUUUGGGAAAUUGGAAUUGUCCCACUUGUCCGAAUCCAGGGAUGCACGGAGUGGGAGGAGGAAAAUAAGCAUAAGCCAGCUUUCAUGUAAUUUACUAGAUCUCCAUAGUGUUUCUGUUGUUUCCUCCAUGCAUCUGUCCUGCAAUAGGGGGCACAACACUGGCACAUUCUCACCGCUGGAUGAGAUGAGACGUAUUAUUCUGUGCAUGAUUGGACAGGGUUGCCACGGCGCUGUAGGAGCCAUUCGUGCAGAAAGAGCACCUCAUUGAAACACCAUGACAGAGCUGACUUCUGGGAUGAAAAUGUGACUGACAGACUCACUCAGCCCAAAUCCCACAGCAUAGGCCUUGAAUGGUAAACUGAGAGGGGGGGGGGGGGCACACAUGAAAUUUACUCGUUUUUGUUUUGUUUUUUUUGGGGGGUUUUUUUGUUGUUUUUUUUUUUUUUUUUUUUUUUGCUUUCACAGUCAUUGAGAAAGGAAGAAGGCAAAAUCAAACUUUACACUGACGCUGGACAUUCAUACAAAAUAAUGUUUUCUAUCUCUGGGGUCCUCAUUGUCCUGUCAUUGUCAGAAAAUAUAGGCUGCACAACUGUAACAAAAUGAAUGUUCAGAACUAUUUGUAUGUUUAACAAUCAUAACAAUUCUGAUCAAAUAUAGAUUAAUAUAAGAGUUAUAAAAUAUGCUUUCUUCAUCUAACACAGUAAAACACUGGCUGAAUUACAUUUAAGAGGCUCCAGCUAAUCUCCAUUUUUCAUUUUGUCUCAUGGUCCAACCCACACUGCAGAGUAAUGUCUGGAUGUUUAUCCCCAUGGCAAAUGUUGUAUUGUGACAAUUUUGCAUUGCUUGGAACUUGAGUGUGGAAGGCUUUGUCAGUCUCAGUUCUGCAUGAAUAAUCUCUUGAGGAGACGGUUGAUGAGCCAGAGCGUUAAUGUUAUUGAAAUGUCACACCUGACAUAUGGAGAGUCUUACCAGCAGAUUGUGAAUAUAAACAACCAAUUUUAUGUGUGUACGAACGUGUACUGAGUUGCAGUUUUCUGAACUGGCAGCAGGGGGCAGCAGAGCAUAAAACUGACUGAAGUCCGUGAACUGAAAUGGAAGUUCUCUCAGAGAGCCUUAGUGAUCCCUCUGGGCCUGUAACUCGACCAAAAGUAUCACUCCCCUUCAGUUUGUCCAUUAAGAAAGUCAGGAGGAAAGAUUCUGUGUGUUGUAUAGUAAGUAGAUGAUGCACAGAGUUGUGUGAGUGCAACCAUCGCUGUCAGCGUACAGAGCAAUGCAGCCGUUUGUCUGCCUUGUUCUACACAUGCAUAGGUCCAGUAUUAGUUGUGUGCAUUUGCACAUAAUGUGUGAUUUUACAGUAAACUACACUUAUAUAUGAAUUUAAUUUUUGUAUUUUUUUUUUUGUUGCUGUUAACGUUUAACAUCUUUGUCAUUUGAACUAUGUAGAAAACAGCUUUAUAUUCUGAGAAAAAAAAAACUCUUCUGAAUGGUGUCAGUGUGCAUGAGUGUAUUGCUUUCAGUUUUACCCUGGUGCAGUAGUUUUGUUUAUCCCACUAAGGGCUUGUAGUUGAUCUCAUCUCAUUCAUAACAGAUACAUUCAUGUGUACCACUUAGCAAUCCCCAAAAGCCUGAAAUUGAGAACAAUGUUUUUAUAUUCACACUAAAUUUAAGAGCACAGGUUCAAAUUCCUCUUCCCAAUCUUUUUUUUUUUUUUUUUUCUCUCUCGCUCUCUCUCUCUUUAGAGCUUUAGUUUCAGCUCAUUAAAUGUUUGUCACGCCUGAAUUUUGUCAUAAUGAGCUUUCAGUUAGUUACCUCAAAGGAUGCUCAUGUGCAUGCGUUGUGCGUGUCCUCUACUUUUAUCAGUGACAUUGCUGAUAAGCUUUUAGACUCUUAUUGGACGUGUCUGAUGAGCUGCCUGUGUGAGCGCCAGCAAAUGAAGAUGGGAAUUUGUAUCUGUAGGACAGCAGAGACGCCAGACAGAUUUAGACAAAUGGGAAAUGUCCCCUAUUGUCUAGAAAUCAUUCACAGCCACUCAUUCUGUUUCAGCUAAACACACACAGAGAAAUAUCCCUGUCUCUCUGCUACACUGA